AUGUUUCAGACAGUUUUCCCUUCCAGGCCGACGGGCCGCACCCCUGGGGUGGAGGACUCUCCCCUGCCCCCUAUCACCGAGCGCCUGGCGCACCUGUGUGCCUCCAGAGAGCUGCUGGAGUUCUACAGGGGGAAAGUCGUCCAGUUUGAUGGAGAACAUGAGGAUCUGUUGGAGAAGUACAGGUGCACUACAGAGGACCAGAAGCUGCAGUGGGAGGUGGGGGUCUCUGAAUUGCAGAAGGCUCUGAGAGAGAGGGAACACUGCGCCUGUACUCGGAGAACAACAUACUCAAGAUCAGAGGGUAACCAUAAAUCUAGAUCAGAGGAAGUGGUGAAUGGAGGAAGCUCAGAGCAGUACAGAGGUGCCAACCAGACCUUAGUACUACAGGUGCUGCCGGCUCAGAUGGAGGAGCAGACAGGUCUGUCCAAAAAGAAGGUGGAGUCUCUACUGGAGGACAGGAGGAUCCACGUGGAGGAGGGACAGGUCCAGCACCAGAGAGACCAGGACCCCAUCACUGACAAGUAUGACCGGUCUGACAAGAUGGCAAAGCGUCUUCAGAUGAUGACCCAGCGGUACGAGGCCCUGAAGAAGAGGGCAGCCAUGGAGGUGGAGGGCUUCAAGAGCGACAUCAAACAUCUCCAACAGAAACUCAAAGAUGUGGAGAAACAGCUCUUCAAGGUGACCCUGAACGUGGGUCCUGACCAUCCUACACGAGGUGCGUCAGACCAACGUUCGGACCAGGAAGGUCCAGGGUGAGCUGAAGGCCAAGCUCUACAGGCUGGAGAAAGACCUCCACUACAGCUGAGAUACAGCACAGA